AUGGAGCGUCGUGAAACGAAAAUUGCUCCACUCACUAUGUGGAUGACAGAUUGCUUUCCUUUGGUCCAACGCAAGCGCCGAAUUAUAUCCCGAGUUCGCUGUAAAAACAUCAAGAACGAUUGUCCGAAGCCUACUUGCGAAGAUCCCGUUCUGCUUCCACAACGCUGUUGCAAAACAUGCCCUGGCGAAGAUUAUGCUGAUUUAGAAGAAGACAUCGCUGCUAGAAAACUGGAAGCUGAAGAUGAGGAUAAAGUUUUGAGAGAAUUCACCGUGCUGCUUACUGGAAAACUCCUUGUUCCUACUGUUCCUGUGUCAGGUGCUGCUCGGGGCUACCUCGUCUACACAAAGCGAGAUCUUCACUACACCAUUCACUAUCGCGGUAUUUCCCGCCCAAUUUUGGUGCGAUUUACCAAUGAAGAAGGCAACAUUCUGGAGGAACAUGCUGUUACCUAUUCUCCCCAUCAUAUUCAAGGAUCUAAGGUAUGCGGUGUGUGGCGCAAAGUUCCCAAGAUCUAUCGGCGUUUAUUGCAGAAGGACAGGAUUCUGUUUGUCCUUGUUACGGCUGAUUAUCCUGACGGCGUAGUCGGUGGACGUAUCAUGAAGCACGAACCCAUCAACACAGAGGCUUUCGGUGCUCUACUUCUACCAGACUUGAAGAGUUCCGACGAAAUUUUGGGUAGUGGAGGAAUGGCCGACAUUUUUCCAGUGACCGACAGUAUCCACGUUAGUUUGGGAUUCAACGGCAUCUUUACAUCAAAAGAUGCACGGGACGUUCCCAUAGUUGUAAGCCUUCUCUACGAAGACUCAUCUGGGAGGAUGCAGCCAGUGUCAGAGACCCAAGUGACUUUGGCCAAAGCCCAUCCGGACUACAACAGCGCUACAGUGAAACUGGAUUUGAGCCCUCAACUGCAAGAACGACUGUCUAGUGCCAAAUUUGAACUUCGACUUUCAUCAAAGGAUGGACAAAGACAGCAGAGCGGACGGAUAACUCCGAAAGUGACAUGCAAUGUUUUCCAGGCCGUUAUGACUUCUACAGAGGUGACCGACAUCAGCAAGGAUCCAGUUACGGGAUUUAUUGUCCUUGAUAUUGGACUGGAUGGAUUCAUUAAUUAUAAAUUGCAUGUGAGCGACGCCAACAUUGAAUCGGUAAACAUAGCUUUGGAAACGGACGUCGGAACUCCCAGUGGAACUAGCAUCAGGCAGCUGCAACACAUCACCCAAAACCUCACGGACUCCUGGGGCAACGGAUCAUUCAGCCGUCGUAGCGGCCCUGAAGUGGAGAUGUUGCUGACUGACGAUCUGGUUGUCACUGUGACUGCGGAGACUUUGAAGCAUCCCUUCACUUCAUUGCCGGCGUCUGCCUACAUCCAUGGAACAGGACAUCCAGUGCAACGAAGAAGUCGAACUACUCGAUCUGAUAAAGUUCAUACCCUCUUGCGAGGUUCCGUUCGCCAAGGACUCUACACAGAAGCGUUACUAAAUGAGAUACCUCUUCUUCUGUCUGGAGGGAACACCACUGCCGGCGGAAUCGCCUGGCUGUCCAUCGACAAGGACUGCGUCCUGCACUACCAGGUUUACCUGUCUGGUCUCGAUCCCAAGGAGCGACACCUGCUGGAACUGCUGCAAGUCAGGCCGGGAAAGUACAGCCACCCACUGCAAAGGGUCCUCAAACGCUUCGAAGGGGACCAGGUAAUGGUAGAAGACUUGGCAGACGAUCUGGACGGCCGCAGCCUGGCGUUCUUACAAGCAGGCUACACUUACCUGGUAGUGACAUCAAAACUAGCUGGCAAGGCCAAGGCUGUGCAGCUUAGGGCUAAAAUAACCGAGCUGGCCGCUCCAGUGAGCUGUCUUCCCCGCUACGACGUGUCCUCGAUGCAGCGAAACGGACACACCUACCAAGACGGCUACAACGACGUGUAUGGCGCUGACUCGGGCCACAAGUGCAUUUACGAAGAUUCCCUCUUCGAGGAUGGAGCCCAGUGGAAAGCCGAACACGAAGAAUGUACCAUGUGCUCAUGUCAGAGGAGUCGAGUGGUGUGUGAAAGAAUGAUAUGCCCCGAUCCAGUGUGCGAUAACCCGAUGACUAUUCCCGGAGAAUGUUGUCCAUUUUGCCCAGGAAACAACACGACGAGUCUGGAAGUGAACAGUCAUCGGUCCCCGGGGCUCUGUUAUUUCGAAGCCGACAAAAAGUACCACGUGGCAGGCAGUCGCUGGCACCCAUACGUCCCACCUUUCGGAUUCAGCAGGUGUUCACUUUGUACGUGUGAGGCGAAGACAUUGAAUGUGAAAUGCGAACGCAUCACCUGUCCUCCACUUACGUGUGCUGAAAAAGAAUCCUACAGGGACCAUCCGAGAGCUUGCUGCAAGAAAUGCCCGAACUCCGUUGCCGUGAAAUCUCACAUCCUCGGCCCUCCGUCCUUAGGGCAGCUGGGCGACCAGAGUGGGGAGAAGUUGACCGCCAAGGAAAUACUCGCCUCCGGAGGCUGCAAGUUCCGAGGCCAGCUGUACCAUAAUGGUGACGAAUGGCACCCCACCAUUGAACCGUACGGUGCAGAAAAGUGCGUCAAAUGCCAUUGUAAGGAUAGCCGAGCGAAAUGCAAACGGAAGAAAUGUCCCAAGGAGACCUGUCCCGUGAAAGUGCCCGGUGAAGACGGUUGUUGCGAACAUUGCAUUGAUACAGUGUCUGAUUCGUCGAGUCGGUCGACAGAGGGGCCGGGCAAGGGAAAGAAAAGGAGGAAGGACAGGGAACGCAGACAUCGGAAAAUCCGGCAGCCGAAGGAAAAGCAGUGAUCCCGGACUUUUCAGCGACACGAUGAGAGGUCGAAUUUCAUUCACAUAGACAGCAGAAGUCGGCGGGCGACAAGUAUCACCAUUUUCAAUGCCUGCCUCAUACGGCUUCUGGACUGCCGCUUGUCGAGCCAGACAAAGCUUCUCUUUUUUUCCUCAAACUUAGACGAAUUAGAAACUGUUUCGUGUGGACCGCGGUCCACCCUUCUCUUCCGCGAGUCGGGAAUCGGAAGAAGCGAAAUGUGUACAUAGAAAAGACUGUCGAACGCAGACGAUCCCGGCUGAGGGAAUGCGGUGGCCCCACGCUGUGCUGAUUCGUAAUCACUCUGUUCGUUUCUGUAAGAGAAAUGGGGACGAUUAUUGUUGCCUCUGCGCCAAGGUUUUCGCCUGGCUUAGUUAACUGUCGCCAAUCUGUAUCUGUUUUCUCCCGCGAGAGAACUUACAAAUAUUCAUCAGUAUAACAGAAGUUAAUUUUGUGGAAUAUAAACUGCUCGCAGA